ACUUUAAUUCAACAACAAACAACAACAACAACCUCAUUUACUCACCAAAUAAGCUGCGGUGUAUUUUAUCAGCGGAGUUUGGAAGACGCUUCGACGCUGAGAAACACUUACUAAAACUCGUCUUUUACCAGGUCACAGGUCAGGGAAAUAUGCCAAAGCUGGAGAAGUUGCUCAAAGAUGGACUCAGAUCAGAGUUGGUUCUCCAGCAGCACCUAAAGGCCCUGAGUGAGGCCCUCAGGCAGCAGCUGCAGGAGACAGAGAAGAGACAGAAAGAGGAGCUUGAGAGGAGGAUCCAUGAGAACUCUCUACUAUCAACAAACUUGGAGUCCGGUGAUAGAGAUGAACUAAAACAUCAGACCACACAUGUGAGAAUGAGGAGAUCCACCUCUACAUCUGCCCUGAACUCAGACAAAGAGACUUUGCACCUCCCCAGACACUCAGAGAGGCCUAAGUCUAAGGCCUGCACACUGACUCCUACCAGGACACAACAGUGUGAGCGGUCAGCUUUAUGUAAAACAUCUCAGGUGAGGAAAGAAGAGGAGGAUGAGGCUGAGUGUCAGAGGAAGUUCUGCGCUCCCCCGGUGCCCAGCCAUGUGGCUCAGCCCCGCUACCAGGAGAUGAUGGAGCGGAGAGAGAAGGAAAGGAAGCAGGGCAAUGAGCAGAGGAGGGACUUCUUGCUCUCCAUUCAAAAACCUUUCCGCUUCCAGGAGAGAGAAGUGGAGAAAAGGGAGAAGCUAAUGGCAAUAAUAAACCAAGUCUCACAUGAUCAGAAAAACAAGACUGCCACUGUAAGGAAACCUCCUCAGAAAGAUGUUAAAGACUCUUCAGAUUCUGAGCUGAAAGACGUGGAGCUUUGCAGGCGAGUCCCCACUCAGACGACAACAGUGCGACCUGCGAACCCUACUGUUUCAGGCAGCCCCAAACUUCGCACUGCUGAGCGCACCAGGAAAGAAAAGCUGGCCUUCCUGGAUAAGAGACCCAGUUUCCGGCCAAAGAUCAUCCAGCAGGUCCCUGAUUUCAGCAGGCUGCACAAGGCCUUACAGACAGAGACACUGAGAAAAACACAGAGUAAAGAUGUGACAAGAUGUCAGCCCUUCCAUCUGAGGACAUCCACUCUCCCUGCAAGGCAAAGUAGAACGAGCGCUGAAAACUCACAGGAACCAAAAGCAAGUAAUCUAGGCAGAAGCAAGUCACUCGGGGCCUUGACAUCACUGUCUGCAGACACUCUCCCCACAUACAUCACAGAUGCUGCAAGGAAGCGCUGUAUGGCCAUCAGAAAGUCAAUGGAGAUGAGGGAGAGCAAGAAUCAAGAGAGCGCUGACUGGUUGAAGAAGUACCAAACGAGGUCCCAGACUAUGAAGAAGACUGUAUCACUCCAUGCAAAGUUGCUGGAUCCACACAGCAGCUUGAAAGAAGUGUAUAAUGACAAACUACAGCACCAUCGGGAGGCUGACCAACAAAGGAUGAGAGAGUACAUGAGGGAGUUACGGGAUAUGAAGGCACGAGUUAGUGAACGCCCCUUCUUGUUCGAACAGGUGAAACAGAAAAAUGCAAAGGCUCACGCAGAGCAGACAUACAGGAAUAAGCUAAAGAAAGCCGGCUUGAAAGAGCUAUUUGUAGAAGAAAAUGGGGAAGCAGUUGAAGGAACAAUAUCCAGAUCUGAGGAGGAUACAGAUGAGAACUGCAGCACUGAGAACGACAUUCACAGCAGGGAAGAAAAUGUAGACGACGGGGAGAAAAUUGAAGAUGUGGAAGAGAAGAGCGUGAAGUCCAAAGGGGAAGAAAUGCCAUGAUCAAAAAGGUUCAGGCGGCAGAGUUUUUUAUGGCCUCUCCGCUAGAAAACAAAACUGUCCUCAAAAAUGAUUCAUGUCACGGCUAACUAUCCGCACCGAGCAUUUGAUAGUUUAGGAUGUGCAACUAGAAACUAUGAAAUGACAAAACAUCUGGACUUUACAAUCAGAAAUGUUAGGGAUUACAACUGGGAGAAAUACACGUUUAUAGGACUGUAAAUGUUUAUGAGCAAUUAAUAUUUUAAAUGCUUUGAGUGUAUAUAUGUAUAAGAUCUGCAUGAUAUGUCAAGCAGAUUUCAUUUUUUAUAUAGAAAUAUAAAAAGCUACUUUUUUGUUUUAUGACGACAAUUUUGCAAAGGAAUAUGAACACUGUAAUUUUCAGGAUGAUGAGCACUUGGUUACCGGAAUAAAAAAGUUCAAAAACAAAAUGAGAACACCAGUUGAGACCUCUGUGUCUGUAACAUUAAUUUGUGUUUCACCCACUCUAAAUCAAGAAUCCUCCGAUAGCCAUAAAAAAAUGAUUAUACUUUGACCGUGAGAAAUUUGGUCGGUUUUUGCUCUAAGUUAUAAUUUUUUGUAGCUUAGUUUAAAAUUGAAUAAAUUAGGCUUUUUUUUGGGCAGCUUUACUGAGCUUGUUUUUGGUACACGUGCUCCAUUUGAUCAUGUCCCUGGUGACAAGUAGUCAACUUCUAGAAGAGUUAUAAGUCAUAAAAUUAUAAAAUACUCAAAAUAUUUAAUUUAAAGGCUAUUUAACUCAAUUAUUUGUAUUUUCAAAAUGUGAGAAAUUGCU